AGCGCAGUUUCGGUGUUUAUGUAAAGUUCUGGCAGUUGUCAGGUGCUCUGCUGUCUCUCGGCUGAAGCUGCAGAGGAUCCCGCUGAUCAUUUUUCUCCUCGGAUUGAGCUGCUUCUGUUUCUGAAACCAUGUCUGGAAAAGUGGUGCUGCAUUAUUUCAUCGGGCGGGGGAAAAUGGAGUCGAUCCGCUGGCUGCUGACUGUGGCUGGAGUUGAGUUCGAAGAGAAGUUUUUUUCAACUAAAGAGGAGUUCCAAAAGCUGGUGGAAAGUGGAGAUCUGCUGUUCCAUCAGGUUCCACUAAUUGAAAUGGACGGAAUGAAGAUGGUCCAGACGAAGGCCAUCCUGAAUUACAUAGCUGGAAAAUACAACCUGUAUGGAAAGGACCUUAAGGAGCGGCUUAUGAUCGACACAUAUGCUGAGGGUGCUAGAGACAUCAUGGACUUGAUCAUGGGAGUGCCUUUUACCCCACCGGAGAAAAAGCAGAGUACGCUGAACAAUCUGGAGACCAAAGCCAAAGUCCGCAGUCUUCCAGCCUAUGAAAAGGCUCUCUCCAGCUCUCAGUACUUGGUGGGUAACCAGCUGAGCUGUGCAGAUGUCAGUCUUUUUGAAGUUGCUCUGAUGCUUGAAGAGCUGUUCCCCACAAUACUGUCAACUUUCCCCAACAUCCAGGCAUUCCAAAAGAGAAUGAAAGCCAUUCCGGCAAUCAACAAAUUCCUGCAGCCUGGCAGCCAGAGACAACCCCCGCCUGGUGAAGCCUAUGUGAAAACUGUCAUGGAUGUGUUGAGUCACCUUUUUAAGUAGAAAACCAAGGUUAUCAAUCACAAAUCAGCGAAGCACAUUUGCUUCAUGCUAUAUGUCAUAAAACCCUGAUA